UAAAUGUUUUUGUAUUUUGGAGAAUGGUAAAUUUUUGUAUUUUUUAGUUGAAUUCAGCUUAAAGCCUUUGAUUGUAAUCGAUUGCAUCAUAAUGAUGGAGAGUUCUGAUUCAGAACGAUCUUAUUUGAGAUUUCUUCGUGCCAGAGAUCGAGUCAACAAGGCCAUAAGGAAGCACUCAUUGGCGAAGCAAAUUCGAAAAGAAAUUCGUAUGAGGGCAGGUGGGUCUGCGGGACCUUGCAGUUCGUCCACUUCGACAAGGGGCCAGAAAAAGAAUUUAGUUUGUUUUGAAGAAGCCAAUGACAAAUGCGUUUCUCAGUCAAAAACACAGUGUAAGGGAGAAUCGGCAAAUACAUGUCCUGCCCAUUCCACGCCUAUGCAUAAUCAAUGUCAAUUAAAGCGAGAAUGUGAAAAUAGUUCUUGUCAAUGUCAAGAAAGUUGUCAAUGCAGUCAAGCCACUAAAUGUCAGUGCAAGAAACCUCAAAAAUCUGCUCAUUGCUGCCAGUGCAAUGAACCACCUGUAAGACCUUGCCAUUGCAAUGACAAAGCAUCGCAAACUCCGUGUGUGGUGUGUGAAUGCAAAAGGGAACCUAAAAGAUCUUGUUCUUGUCAAUUCAAAGAAACAGAUGAGGAGAAUGAAGUUAGUAGCAAAAGCAGUAAGAAGGAUCUCAAAGAAGAAAAGAAAAAAAGAAAGAAGGAUGAAAAGAAAGACAAGAAAGUGGCAAAGAAAAAGAAUAGUGACAGAUCAAAGCGGGCAAAGAAGCAUAAAGAGGAUUCUGACAAUGAUAGUGGCAGAUCAAAGCGGGCAAAGAAGCAUAAAGAGGAUUCUGACAAUGAUGAUGCAUGUUCCUGUUGCUCAUGCGAGGAAGAAACGGUGAAAAAAUCUAGCAAAAAGAAGACUAAAUCAGGAAGUGCUACUCCAAAUUCUUCUGACUCCAGUCGCAGACGAUGGUCGUGCAAGGGUCGCUCAACCAAGAAAUCUACUUCUAACAAGGGAAAUCAAAGGCAGCAGAUUUCAGCGAAUUCUAAGAAAAAGACACAAGCUUGUAGUUGCUGUUCCUGUGAAGAGCCUAAGCCGUGUGACUGUUGCUCCUGCCAGUCAGCUACUUGCUCUUGCCACGAAUCUACCAGUUGUUGCGAAGAGUCCCCUGUCUGCCAACAGGAGGAAAAUGUUGCAUGCGGCAGCAGCCACAUACAAAAACCUUGCACCGAUUGCUCAAUGAUUCCAGAAAUCUCACAACAAAUUUGUGAACUGCAAAAACGUUUGGAACUCAAAGCCAAAGAGGAUUGUGUUCAAAGUGAACUUCUGAAGGACAUAUGUAGCAAGGUCAAUGACCUCUCUUGCACAGUUAAAACCCUUACAAAACAAUGCAAAGAGCAGUCUAAGAUGAUGUGUCCUGCUGCAGCUUUGCCACCACCAAAACCACCAUGUCAACCAAAGUGUGAACCUUGUCCGAAGAAGAAAGUUUCAAGUACUUGCCAAUUUUGUUGUGAUAAAAAUCUGCCAGUCCUAAACGAUUUGAAAUGUGCACUACUCGAUGUUAUAGGCAAACGCCAAUUUGACGAUGUGGUGCUUACUAUACUCCUUAGGGCAGAUAAUGUAUAUCAUGUUAACAUAAAAGAUAUAAAUAAUGGAUCAGUCCUUGGCUGCUUGCUAGUCAAUGAUGUGGCCAUUAAGGAUGCCAACAAAUUUGGCCUUUUCAAGCAGGUUUUAACAUUCUUUAUGAUAGACGUUCGCAAUACGCUAAAGCCCUGUGAAUCAGUUUUCGGUAUCACAUUCGAGUAUGUAAAAGAAAAGCGGCAAUGUGGCGGCUCAUUGUCAAUAGAUUGCCAAAAAGAUGUCGCUCCCAGAGGACAGAGCUCAGUAGAUCACAGAAAUAUUAUAGCAGAAAUUUUUGGUUUACCCUUAAAAAACCUGAGUGAAGUAUAUAGCACAACCCAUGCAUGUACAAUAGCUAAUGUUCGUGCUAAGUUUUUUGAUCACCAUUUAAAAUCAAGUUCAUGUAAUUAUGAUUCUCAGCGCCAACCACAUAAAACUGAGAGAAAGCCUCUUUUGUUGAAAUUGAAAAAAUGUGACUCUCUCAAAAGAAUUGUGCCAAUCAAAUGUGAUAAAACCAAGUUCUUCAACCGCAUUGAGAGUCUUCUUGAAUUUGCCGAAUGUGACAGUAAGUUAGUUUUGACUGACGAUGAUUUGGGCUAUCCAAUUCGGGAGAUUGAAGUGACAUCGUUAUCUGAUAUUGAAUUGCAGUCCUCGAGGUAGUCAAAGGAUUGAUUUCAAAAAACAAAAAUUGAAUGUACUGGGAACUCUUAAUAAAAGUUAUACUUUUAGUUCUGGACACAGAACCAUCUCAGCUAUGAAA